CCAGUCCAACUGGUGUAUUUGUCGUCGAGGGUGGUUGGGGUGUGUCUUGGGUGCCCGUGUCCAAGCUUGAUACAACCAGAGACCGGAGCACGUGACUAAAGAGAUCACGUGCGAAGCAUCGGUCCGCCAGUUGCAGCGGCGUCGACAAUUCUGCCCUUUGUUGGUACAUAACCACUGCAUAUCGACUGACCGUCCCUCAUCAUCAACUCAUCGACGCGUAAGGCGAAUGUAAGCCGACAACGCCUGGGACCUUGACCAACUGUCCCUACACCAUCUGGCCUGACCUAUCGCGCCAUCUCAAGGUUGCUCGUCAUGGCGUCCACCAGCGACAUUCGCGACAUCAUGAACUUGGGCCAGGCAGGUCCGCGGCAGCCUGCGCCCAAGAAGAAAAGACACGUCGAGCCUCAAGUGCGAAUGACUGGAGUCAAACGAGAAGUUCAAGCUCUGAUGGGCGAUUCGGUGCCGCCCAUUGCCCUCGUCGAACAACGCUCCUACAAGUCGAGACCGUCCAUAUCCCAAAAACUAUUCAAACCGAGACACUGGGAAGAGAGACCAUUUCAGCAUGGAGCGCGAACAGAUGGACUGCAGCUUAGGCACUGGAAACGCUCAAUACCAGGCUCGACCGCUCGACCCGCUUCUAUUGGGAACACCGCAGCCUCGACCGAUGUUGAAAUGACCGAUGAUUCGAAGCCGGCCUCAGUCACGCAAGAACUACGGUUUGAAGAGGAAUUCCCUUCGCACAAAUGGGACGUGAAAGUGCAGGUGGCGUCAUACACGGAUGAACAGUAUCAGAGUUACUUCAAAUCAGACGACUGGACCAAGGAAGAAACAGAUUAUCUCAUUGAACUUUGCCGAGAUUAUGAUCUUCGAUGGGUUGUCAUUGCCGACCGUUACGAUCCUGAACAGAUCCCUGGCGCAACGGGGUCUCUGCCGAAUGGAGAAGCUGCAGGGAAUGAAGUUGCCCACCAGCGCAAGUAUCCGGCUCGGUCGAUGGAGGCACUCAAACAGCGAUAUUACACGAUCGCGGCCAAGAUGCUCGAGUUACAGAUUCCAGCGAGUAACAUGACACAGGCCGAGUUCCAACUGUGGGAGAAGAUGCGCAAUUUCGACGCAAGAACCGAGUCCCUGCGAAAAGCCAUGGCCGAGAAACUAUUCGAGCGUACCAAGGACGAAGCUGACGAGGAGAGAGUGCUGCUAGAGGAACUUCACCGCAUCACCAAACAUGAAGAUGAGCUUAUCAAGAUGAGGUCCGAACUCUACUCCCGGCUCGAGCCAGUCACCCCUCUCCGAAGAAAUGAGGAGCAAUCUACCGCUGUAUAUCAAACUUCGGGUGGCUUGUCCAUGCUGCUCCAAUCUCUGCUUGCCAAAGAAAAGAGGCUGAAGAGGCCUCCACCCGCGAAUGGCACAGAAGCAACUCCUGCAGCCGCCACGCCCUCGGAAUCCGCGCGGAGCGAGAAAUCCAGACAUCCCAACCAGUACAGUCGACGGGACACUGUCGACACUCAAGCGACCGAAGAAUCCGGGCCGCAGAAGAAGGGAUCAGUAUCCCAACCAAGCGUGCGAGUUCUCUCACCGCAAGAUGAGGCACGCUUUGGCGUCUCCCAUCCCCAAGAAAGAGUCACGAGCGGCGUACAAUUCCGACACGAGAAGAUCAAUCGUCUCUUGAUGGCCAAGAGUCAGACACAGACGGCCAAGAUCCAAGCCGCCCUGACCGAGCUGGGUAUCCCGCCCAGGUUACUCAUGCCUACGCAGCGAGUUUGUCGUGUCUUUGAACAGCUUGUAGGCGAAAUAAAUGUUCUGUUGGAUGCCAGAAAGGUCAACGAGAAGAUUGCCACGGAGAUCAAGAUUUUGGAAGAAGCCAGACGCAUCAGACUUGGGUUGCCGAAAGACGGCGAGGAAAAGUUGCCGCCGGCUGUUGAUGCGAUGGAAGUCGAUUCUUUCCACCUCGAUGGCAACACGAAAAUUGAGAAUGGCCAAGAACACACCAUUGCUACUACAAAGCAGGAGCAGGAUACUCAAGCUGGGACCAGUGCUCCUGCAACCAAAACAGAGGAAAAGACCGAAGACAGCCUGAGUAACAACGAUCAGCACAAUGCACAAGUCAAUGGGCACGAGCAGAAGAGUGGCGAUACAGACGCUGACAAUGACGGCGAGGAAGCUGGACAAGAAUCUUCACUCAUCCCUCAAGAGUCCGCCGAUAAGCAUGGUGAAGAAGAGGAUGGAUCAGAGAGAGACGAUGACGAUGAUGAAGACAAUGAACAUCAUGACGGAAAUGCUGAUCAAUCUGUCACUGGCAUCGAUCAUGAGGACGAGGACGAGGAUGAAGAUGAGGAAGAAGACGACGAGCCUCAUGUAAACGGAGAAGUGGACGAGGAAGAGGACGAGGACGAUGAUGCGCAGGUCCAAGCCACACCACAGAACGACAGUGACGCUGAAGAGGAAGAUGACGCUGAAGCUGAGGCCGAGUCUGGAUCCGAGGAAGAGGAAGCCGCCGGAGAGGAUGGCCAUUCGGAUGACGAGGAUGAUGCUGCCGAACAGGAUGAUUCCGAUGCUGUGGGUGGUGAAGAUGCGAACGAAGACGAUGAUGUUGAUGGAGAAGAGCAUGCGGCACCCGAAGCAGGGUCAGCCACCGCUACCGGGCCUCGAGCCCAUAAGCGUUCUGCCAGCGUCCUCUCCGAAGCCAGUCGCGCUGGAAGCAAUCGGAGCGGUCUGGGAAGGAAGAAGAGAAGAUAGUCUCAACUACAAGAGUAGAAAUCUGAAUGUUUCCAGCAGACAGAUUGUGAAGCAUAACUCUUUUACUCUCUGAGCGGGCGAGAUCACUCCUAUUUGUACCCGCUUCGCUGUAAGAGUGUAGGCGUCCUUAGCAACGACCUCAGGCACUUCAGGCUAUAGGAUGAUUGCAUUUAGCGGUUCAAGUUGUUCAAGUAAUUUCCCACCAUAAGUGAUCAGAUAUAUCAUAGCGCUUGGAGCUCGGACCUUAGAAAUCGAGACACGAUUCUUGACCUCAACAAAAUACACUGUUCUGGAUCAGUCAAUGUCCCUUGAUAUCAAGCCCCAGAACCGCGGCUGGCCUGUACAAAAGUGACAACAAUAAGUGACAUCUCUACACUGCUUGUUAUACACUCACUGAUCAAGCUAGAUUUGAAGAACGGAUGAAGUUCUAUUCACACGGAAAAGAGAGCUUUCGAACAAUCUUGCUGUGGUUUUGGCAGAAGCAUCUCAAUUCAAGCUACCUAUCAAAGGUACGCUUUCUCAAGUUCCUGACUUUGCUUCCCUUGCUUCUCGCCAUUAAUGUCUAUCUCAUUUCAUUCCAAUCUGCAUGCCACGACCAAGUCACUCAUCUGACCAGCAGAUGUAUCCAUUUUGUGGCCUUAUCCUUUCCCAUCUGUGUCCAUUAUGGCCGAUCAAGAGCUGCCUGCAGCUCAUCCGUGCCUUUUCCUCGGCGCCUUGCUUUGCCCUCAAUCCUCCACGUUCCUCAUCGAAUGUCCAUGACACGGUGUGAUGUCUCGUCUAGUGCCGUUGCUGUAAGGCACUGCAAUCAAUGCCCGUAAGAUCUACCAAGGAUCCCAAAAUCCCAUCCUCAGAACGCCGUCGCUAUGGUCGUUCUAUCGUGCAUUGAAAUGCUUUCGUUCAAGGCUGUGCUUGCUGAAAUGGUACCCGACCCUUUCAGAGAAAGAAAAGUUGUCGUCACCCCAUCUGUCACCUGAAUCUCAUCCUGCACUGAUUGCUCCUCUCUGAGCUCCCUCUCACAUCUUGCUCUUCGUUUCUUAUUCCUCCUCAGAGACUUCGGACUCUUCGUCUUCGGGGUAAACGAGCUCUAGCUCGCUGCAGACGGCGGCCUCGUCUUCGGACCAGGGCCCCUCUUCGAACGCCGCUCCUCCCGCGGUGUCUGGCUUAGUUUCGGUCGCCUUGUCUGCGGUGGCCUCCGAGUCGUCUCGCUGGUUCCAAUAGUUCAUGAACUCCUGAACCUCGGAGUUUCUGACUUCCUCUUCCUCUUCCUCUACCUCUUUCUCCUUCUCCUUCUCUGUCUCCUUCUGCUUGGACUCGGCUUCUUCAAGCUCGAUCCAUUGGCUCAUGAAGUCCUCCUCAUCGCCGUCGAAGAGACUGUCUUCCCUUCGUCGAGGACGCUCCUCUACCGGUGCCGGCGUCGGUGUCGGGGUCUUUGCCUUUGGCUUGGUUGCCUUGGCCUUCGGUGCCUCCGGCGCCUUCUUGGUGGCCGCCUCGCGCUUGGGCUUUGGCUUUGGCUUGGGCGCGGCCUUGGCCUUUGGCCUUGUAACUUUGGCCUUGGGUUCGGUGGCGGCCUUUUUGCGGGAGCCGGCACCAGCACCGGCACGAGCACGAGCGGUUGUUCGGGCAGGAGGAUUUGGGGUAGGGACGCUGCUGCUGCCGCUGUGGUUGCUGUUGUUGUUGUCUGCUGCCGCUGUGGCCGCCGGAGGAGGAGGAUUGGCUGAGGCCGGGGCGUUGAGCUGCCAGAACCAGUCGUUGUCGGUCUGGCCUGGCAUGUUGGUCUGCAGGUAAGGAAGGCGGCCCAUGGCCUUGUGCAGGGCUGGAGGCGCCUUGUGGACCAUCCAGUCCAGACUUCUCUUGGCCUUUUUCGGUCUCGGGACGUCGCUGUUGGUGGCGGUGGCGUCGCUCUCUGUCGACGAGUGAGGAGGGGUGGGCAGGACCGGGGCAGCGGAGAGAGAGAGAGCGGCGGGUGUGCAUGUCGGAGGGGUGGCCAGCACCGGAGCAGCGGAGAGAGAAAGAGUAGCGGGCGUGCAUGGCAGAGGGGUGGCAGCACUGCCGGGGUUUGCAACGACUGCUACAGAGGAAGAAGAAGGUCUCGUAGGUGUAGGAGCAACGAGGGAGCCAGGGACAGCGGGAGGGCGCAUAACAACAUUGUCGUUAUCGUUGUCGGCAACAACAGGAGCAGAAGCAGCAUCAAUACCAGCAGAAUCAGCAACCCCAACACCAGCACCAGCAGGGACAGGGACAGCACCGACCUCACCCACCUCUUCCUCGCUGGUCAGAUCCACGACUGACGCCAGCGCCAGACGUGGAGGAACAAGCUCUGAGGCGCCCCCAUUGUGCUGCGGCUGCAGCAAGCGGCGGUCUACUGGUACUGUUUGGCCCACGUAAGGCUUCACCAGCUCCUUGAACCGCUUGCUGUACUCAAGGCCCUCGGGGCCGGUGAGGUCGAUGGCCCGCCCGGUCUCCGGAACCACAGGCUCGAGGAGACCGUUGUCCCGGACCGUGAAGUGGAGUUGGCCACGGAGCACGUUGUAGUAUGCCCGGACCUUGGUGUUUUCCUGGCUGAGCCUCUGGCCGACCUGGAUGGCCUGCUGCUUCUCUUGGAGAGCUUGCCGAGCCCUGGCGGCGAGCAUGUCGCAGGCUGCCCGUGCCUUCUUCAGCUCCCGAAGGUGCUGCUCCUUGAAAGACUGCUUCUGCUCCUUGAAAGCUUGGUUCUCUGCACGCAAGCCGAGGACCUCCUUGCGGAGCCUCUCGAGUUCUGCCGCCAUGGUGCCCUGGACCUGGGCAACUUGCUGGGUCAUUUGCGGCUGCUGCUGCUGCUGCUGUUCGAAAGAAGGGACAAAGGCACGAGCUCGUCGUUGCUGUUGCUGUUGCUGUUGCAGCUGUGGCUCUCCCUCUGCGAAAUCCGCAAAGCUUCGCUUCUGGCCGGCGCCGCCCUGUUGUUGAACUUGGCCUUGUUGAACUCCCUGAAACAUGGAGUUGCCGUUGUUGUUGGUGCCAUAAGGGGUGGACAUCCUAGCCAUUUGGGUUGUUGGCGGCGGCGGCAUUGUGGCCAUCGGAGCCAUAGGCAUGGGCGGCAUCGAGGUCAUUGGAUGCAUUGGCGACGAUGUCAUUGUCUGCAUCGAGGUCGUUGUAUACAUCGGCGCUGUUGUCAUGGGCGGUAUCAUCGAGUUCACCCCUGUCACCGGCAUCAUCAUUGGCGGCUGCAUGGCGUUCAUUGCAGGCCCGGGCUGGUAGGCGCUGGUAGGAUUGUACCAGUCGCCCCCGUUGCCCGUGGCCUGUCCUGCAGCGCCGCCAUUGAAGAACUGAUAGUUGUUGAAGCCGUCCAUUUCUCUCGAUGCUUUUAUGUAUGUGGGGAAGAGCAAGAGUCUGGGGUGUGGUGGGUACAAGGUGGGUCGAGGCAGAGGGAGUGACAGCGUGCUUGGGAGUGUUAGUCGAAAGCGCAACACUAGAGUGCAAGUCCGCGUGUAUCACCUUACCUGUCAGGGAGUUGAUGACGAGUGUCUGUAUGUUCAGCUGGUGCUGUGAAGAAAGCAGGCAAGCUCUGAGUCCGAGGGUAAACGCGGGUGGAAUCACGGGGCAGUGCCAGCUGUUUGCCCGACAAGUAUCUUCGCUUUGGGUGAAUGUGAGAGGCAGUGUGUGCACUUGGUCGAGUGAUAGGGGGAGGUAGGUGCUGUGGCUGCUGGGAAGCUCAAAGUGCUCUGCUCUGUCGAGUGUUGAUGUUCUGUUCAAGAGGCGAAGAAAUGUGUGUGUUGUGUGCGUCCGUGUGUGAGAGUGUGUGAACUCGCGUGUGGGUAUCAGUGUGUGCGUGUGUGAGUGUAUGAUGAAGAAGUUCAACAGAUCGAGGGAGAGGGAGCAGGUACUUGAAGGAGAAAAAAGAGCAGAUGAAGGUUCCCCUGCUGCUUUCGCCGUCCUUUCGACGCGUAAAGCAUAAGGAGUCGAAGGUUCAAUAGAACUGAAUGGGAAACAGGAUGGAAUGAUGUGUUAUUGGAAGUUCCCUACACUGUUUGACCUCGCUGCCCUGUGAAGACCAGACGCGGGAGAAUAAUUCACAUACGGCUUCACCAUAGCUCCAUCCUAUUGUCGUUCGUGCCAUAUUGCUGCAGAGCUUGCUGCAACACAUAACCAAUAACAAUAUCAACCGCGUCGUCGCGU